CAGACUGCUUGGUACAGACGUUGACGACGACACAUGAUUUGAUCGCUUGUUGUGUUUGUCUCCAUUGAGUUUUAUACGGGUUAAGUCAGACAGGAGAGAAAAGAGAUACGAAAAAGGCUUGUUACAUAGAAGUUCAAUUCAAACACUCAAAACAAUCCCACAAUGCACUGUGUGAGCAGAGGCAGCUGCUACCUGGUGAACUCCUACUGUGAUCUUCAGGAGGAGAAUCAGUGGAAGAAAGAGAGCUACGAAGCAUGCUGGCUGAGCCUCGUCCUUGAAACGAGACCACAAUACAAGCUGACUCUCUCAGAAACAGACAGCGUCCGUAGAGAGAGUUAUAAGCAGCAGCAGGUGAUCCACUUCAUGGUGGAGAGGAAUCCCAGCCAAACUCUGAGGCUGGGCAGCAGCACAGGCAUGACAGAGCACCAGCUACCCUUAUCAAACACCAGCGGCUCACUUCAUACCACAACAAAACAAAAGGCAGUCAUACAAGAGAAGGUGAAUAAUGGGGAGGACAAACAGGAAGUGACUGCCAUUACUCAGGACGUCAGCAAGCCAAUCAGAGUGAACUUCAGAGCCUCCAGCCUGAUGUCCUCGCCGACGGAAACCUCCAGUCGGAUGCCGAGGAGGGAGUGAAGAGAGGAUGUGAAGGGCAUUUAAAAUUCAGAAAAUGUGCUUCUAAAUGUAUUCAGCUUAACUGGGACUUUCAGUGGGAAAAUGAAAUGAAAGUGUUGAUGAAUUGAUUUCUCAUCUUCUAUGUUAAGUAUCAUUCAAACUCCAAAAAACUACAACUCUUGUAUUGUUCUUGUGAGGAGGGUUGACUGAUUUAAAGAGUGAUUUAACUGGAUUGUAAUCUCCUAAUUCAGGCAAAUUAUUACAUUUAAGAAAUACAUUUCGGAUUGAUGUAUCCAGGAAUGAUGAUGCUUUAUUUUGCCAAAAAUGUUAAGAUAUAUGCAUACUGUACAUUGUCUUGUCAGUUGUUCCCAACAAAGUAGCAAAGCUUCUGGAAA